AUGCACCACCUGUACAGCGGCUGGCCCUUAAAACUACCAGCAACGCAGAGUGGAAAGUCCACUCUAGCCUCUGACCACUGUAAGUUUUGCUUGUGUUUCUGCAAACCAUGCUUACGUGUCUUUCUAAUUUUAUCUAUUUAUUCUCAAUUCUUUUGUCCGAAGACUAUUGAGAAUAUUAAAGUGUACCUGCACGAGAAGGAACUAUGGAAGAAAUUUCACGAAGCUGGCACAGAGAUGAUCAUCACCAAAGCUGGAAGGAGGAUGUUUCCAAGUUACAAAGUUAAAGUCACGGGAAUGAACCCGAAAACCAAAUACAUCCUGUUGAUUGAUAUUGUCCCUGCGGACGACCAUCGGUACAAAUUUUGCGACAACAAAUGGAUGGUGGCCGGAAAGGCGGAGCCUGCGAUGCCGGGGCGCUUGUACGUCCACCCCGACUCGCCUGCCACAGGGGCCCACUGGAUGCGCCAACUGGUGUCCUUCCAGAAGCUCAAGCUCACCAACAACCACCUGGACCCAUUUGGACAUAUCAUUCUCAAUUCGAUGCACAAAUACCAGCCACGGCUGCACAUUGUGAAAGCGGAUGAAAACAACGCCUUUGGCUCCAAGAACACGGCCUUCUGCACGCACGUGUUUCCGGAGACGUCCUUUAUCUCCGUCACUUCCUAUCAGAACCACAAGAUAACCCAGCUGAAGAUAGAGAACAACCCGUUCGCCAAGGGCUUCCGGGGAAGCGACGACAGCGACCUGCGGGUGGCCAGGUUACAAAGCAAAGAGUAUCCGGUGAUCUCCAAAAGCAUCAUGAGGCAGAGGCUGGUGUCCACUCACGGUCAGCUUUCUGCUAAGUCAGAUGUGAGUUCGCUCCAUGGGAGCCACCAGGGCCUCCAGCACUACCAGUACGAGAACGGAGCUCACAUGCAGUUUGCCGCGUCAGAUGCGCAAGACUUGCCUCUCAACACCUUCGCAGCACAAAGGGAAUCGGGGCUCUUCUAUCACUGCCUGAAACGGCGAGAGGGUGCCCGGCAUUUGGAUCUGCCCUGCAAACGCUCUUACCUGGAUGCGUCUUCUUCUGUCGGGGAAGACCACUACUUCCGAUCGCCCCCUCCUUACGACCAGCAAAUGUUGAGCCCCUCCUAUUGCAGCGAAGUGGCCCCGCGGGAGGCGUGCAUGUACUCUGGUUCCGGCACUGAAAUUGCAGGCGUCUCCUCGGUAGAAGAUCUGCCUCCGCCGCCUCCCCCUCUGAGUUGCAAUAUGUGGACUUCGGUCGCGCCUUACACCAGCUACAGCGUCCAGACCAUGGAAACUGUGCCCUACCAGCCGUUCCCCGCUCACUUCACCGCCACCACGAUGAUGCCACGCCUCCCCACCAUCACGAAUCAAAGCUCCCAGCCGCCCGGCAACAGUCCCUUUGCUGUCUACAACCAGCUCUCGCAGUCUCAGGGUCGAGAGAGAGUCCCGGCCACGUCCUUCCCGAGGGAAAGGGUGCACCCCUCGGUGUGCGAGAGGAAACCCCCCUCUCCCCACUUAAGCACGCCGAACGAGUUUCUGUACUCACAGACCUUUUCGCUGUCAAGGGAGUCUUCGUUACAGUAUCAUUCGGGCAUGGGGUCUGUGGAGAACUGGACGGACGGAUGACUCCACCACCUGAGCGAUGAACAUAGCGACGGCCAGGCCCACUGCUCCUGGACAACGUUAGUUCGGUGUUAAUACCUGUGGGGUAACUUGCACUUCCGUGACACCUUCAGGGGCCAGCGUUUCCAUUGGCGUUUGUGUGUCUAAAGAACUUGGGGGGUUUUAAGCCAAAAAAGCAAUUCUGUGGGGGGGGGGAGCUCAGCUCAGUCGCUUGGAUCAACCAGUCUGAAAUGGCGAGUGGAAAUUUUGCUGCCCAAAGGAGCACCACACUGACAGAAAUCGUGGAAUGUCACCUUUCAAAAAUCUUAUACCACCAAGUUGAUCUUUUGUCGGAAAUCCCCUUAGAUUUCUUGGCAGUCUGUAGAAAAGCAGGGAAUGCAACUAAUCCCCCAAAUUAUAUUCCAGCAGCUUACAUAUGCAGCAAGCAAGCUUAACUUCCAACUGAGGCCCCUUCCGCACGCAAAAUAAUGCGUUUUCAAACCACUUUCACAACUGUUUGCAAGUGGAUUUUGCUAUUCCGCACAGCUUCAAAGAGCACUGAAAGCAGUUUGAAAGUGCAUUAUUCUGCAUGUGCGGAAUGAGCCCAAGUGAGUAAUAGGCACGGCUCAAGGGCCUUGUGAAUCAUACCUACGUAAUGCACAAGUGGAACAGGUUUUUUUAAAACCCCAAAGCCUUUUAGCAUUUUGCUGUCGUUAAUUAGUAGGACCGUUGGAUCAGCAACCAAGGCCAUAUGAAUCAAUUUCAGUUUUAAGGAUGCAAAGCGAGAACAAUAGUUUCUGUGAGCUGCGCAAGUUCAGUGGGGAUUCUGUUGGGAAAAAUAUCCAUCCAGAUGGUUGCUCGUUUGAUGGUCGCAAGCAUCUAAUCCCGUCCAGUAGACCACACUAGAACCUCAUUCCUGGCCAGUUUCAAACAUGGAAGCCCCAUUAAAGUCUGCUUGACCAGAAGAGCUAAUUUGCUGUGAAGCACGUUACCCGGGGCUGCUGGCGAAAACGGCAGGGUCUUGCUUAGGUGCCGGAAUGUGUAAGUCAAAUUACUUGCGUCCUGAGCUCAGAAAGUAGAGUCAGUCCCUUGGGCAAACACUGGGUAAUUACUGAGCUCUGGGGUGACGUUUCCUAGGCAGACUCGGUUUGGGGGUGGUUUGCCAUUUCCUUCCCCAGUCAUCUACGCUUCACUCCCAGAAAUCUGGGUGCUCAUUUUACCGACCUUGGAAGGCUGAGUCAACCUUGAACCAGCUACCUGAAACCGGCUUCUGCCAGGAUCGAAUUUAGGUUGUGAGCAGAGCUCUGGCGGCAGUACCGCGGCUCGCCAUUUCAUGCCAUGGGGGCUCCUGACAUGAGAUUAUUAGCUGUUAUUUCUCCCGCUGCAACAGCAUCAAUCAGUCGAGUACGACGAGACAGGAAAAUCCCCAAUGGCAUUCAGACAUGAAGCAAUUUGACGUACACAUCAAGGAAAGCCGGGGAGAAUCCCUUAACACAGAGCUGUUAUUUUCAGUGGCAGCCCUGUGUUUCCACUGGUUACGUAACACGCUUUUACGUCUCUUGCAUCCUUCUCACUGCAGCCAGAAAGAUUACCAGCUCUGGCUUAGGAAAGCCCAAAGGAUUUGACAGUGGUGCCUAGGCAGGGGAAGGAGCUCAAGCAAAGCCAAGAUACCAUAGAGUUUGCCUUAUGAAGUUGCCAUUUCUUCCAGACUGAUUGCUGUAGUCUGGUGAUCAGUUGUAAUAUUGGGAGGACCCCUGGCCCCACCUCGAAGAUGGCAGCCCUAAUUGAAGAGAAGAGGAAGAAGAGUUUGGAUUUAUAUCCCCCUUUUCUCUCCUGCAGGAGACUCAAAGGGGCUGACAAUCUCCUUGCCCUUCCCCCCUCACAACAAACACCCUGUGAGGU